AAAGUGGAGGUGGGGGAACCAAUAAAUGAAAUUGAAUGGUAAAGAUGAAACGAUAGUCGGAAAGUGGAGAAAGAACCAAACAGCAGCACUCACCACCCACCUUCCCCAAAACGACUUCUCCAGCAAACACACACACACACACACUACUCUCACAAGAACCUUUCAUUGACCAUACCAAUUCCAAACAAACAGAAUAUUUCUCCAAUUUGAAAAAUAAUCCAUGACAUCACAUCCAUUCCUCUGACUAUACUACUCCACUCCCUCCCUCCCUCCCUUCUUCUUCAACAAUGGUGAUGGACGACGAUCCCCACUUCACAAUGCCCCCUCAUUUCCGCUGCCCCAUAUCCCUCGACAUCAUGAAAUCCCCUGUCAGCCUCUCCACCGGCGUCACCUACGACCGCGCCAGCAUCCAGCGCUGGCUCGACGCCGGCAACAACACCUGCCCCGCCACCAUGCAGCUCCUCCCCACCAAAGACCUCACCCCCAACCACACCCUCCAACGCCUCAUCCAGAUCUGGUCCGACUCCUCCACGCCCCCCCAAACCAUCUCCAUUGACCAAGCCAAUCAACUCCUCCACCGCCUCUCUCUCAAAUCCUCCUCCUUCCUCGCGCAAAACCUCUCCUCCCUCACCUCCUUCGCAGCUCAAUCGGAAGAAAACACCGCGUUCUUAGCCGCUGCCGCAUCGGGGAUCCUGCCGGCGAUCAUUUCCCUCGCCGGGGAAGUUAGGGAUUUAGUUGUUUUGGAGAGAAUCGUUUCGUUUUGCAAUAUAUUGCUCAAGCAUCUCGAUUCGGAAGCAUUGAGGUCAAAAAUUGAUUUGGGGAAUUUCGAUUUUAAAUUGGGGAUUUUGCUAGGGUUGAAGCAGGGGAGGGUGGGAUUGAGGAAUGCGCUGGUGAAAUUCCUCGAAUUUCUAGCGAAACAUAAGUGCGUCGAGAUCAAUUCGAAUUCGAUUUCGGAAGAUGACGGUUUCCACCGCGAAUUGCUCAAGUUGAUUUCCACCAGCUCCGAUUCCGAAUCUUCCGGCGCGGCGCUGAGCUUGCUCAUCCGGUUGGCUCAAUUGAAGAGGAACAGGGCGAGAAUCGUGCGCGCGGGCGGGGUGGCGGCGGUGGCGGCUGCGAUGGGGGAGAGGGAGAAGGAGAAGGAGAUGAGCGCGGCGUCGAUUGAGAAGGCGCUGAGGCUUCUGGAGAUGUUGGCGGGGAGCAAGGAAGGGCGGAAUGAGAUCGGGAAUUGCGUGGCGGAGGUGGUGAAGAAGCUGCUGAAGGUGUCGGGGGCGGCGACGGAGCACGCGGUGGCGGUGCUGUGGAGCCUGUGCUGUCUGCACGGGGACAAGAGGGCGGCGGCGGCGGUGGUGGAGGGGAAUGGAAUGGGGAAGGUGCUGGUGGUGAUGCAGAGCGGUUGCUCGCCGGCGGUGAGAAGGAUGUGCGCCGAUUUGCUUAGGGUUUUGCGGUGUGGAUCAAAGACUUCUGGUAUUUCUUGGCCAAGUUGCUGAGCUGAAUCGGAUGAAGUCGAGUAAGGAAAUCAAGUCAGCCGCUCCAGAGCUUCAGGAGCCGUUGGAUGACGCGCCUAAAGCUGAGAUUAAAUCUCAGCCUCUAGAUUCAACUAGCCGUUGGAUUUAAUAGUUUGUUAGCAACGGUUAUAGUUUUAGCUUAGCUUUGUUCUUGAUAUAUACUCAACAGAGAUUGAACUGAGAUUGUAGAUUGAAUCAAGAUAGCAAUACAAUUUCUUCUUCUCAAA